AUGGAACCAAUCGACGAACGUGAGAGUUCCAGCGUAAUGGAUCAAGCAGGUGGAGUAGGCCGGAUAAGACUGGACUCAGGUGCUGAGCCGCCUUUGAAUAAGCCCAUUCGCUCAUACAUGGAUGAAAGCUUACCGGACCUGCUCAGGAGUGGGAGCCCCCUCCGCAGAAGGGUGUCAAGCCCAGUGUCAGACACGUUGAAGCAGAUGAGAAAGGAAGUGGAUCUGACUCGAAAGAGAAGUCUAAAGCUGAAGGCUCAAGUUGAUAAACUUCAGGGACAGAGUCAGGACGGGCUUGUCUGGAGUCAGCACCGAGAACGGGUAACUGAGGAGAUUCAGUCUAUUGUAAAGCUCCUGCAGCCUCUGACAGAUUUUGAUCCGAAAGCAGAUCCUCCCUCACAGAGCGACCAACUGGAUGCGUCACUGCACCAGCUGAAGAACGUGGCACGUGCGCUGGCUCUCAACCACACAUCGAAUGGGAAGACUAAUUAUGAGAAGACAGAUGAAGAGGUUUCUGUAUUACAACAAGCUCUACGUGACAGAGACGACGCUCUUGAAAAAAAGAAAGCUAUGGAGACAGAACUUAUGAAAUGUAAGACAGAACUAAUGAUGCUGAACAAUCACCUUCUGGAAGCAGUGCAGCGGAGACUGGAGAUGGCCAUUGAGCUGGAGGCCUGGAAGGACGAUGUGCAGACCAUCCUGAACCACCAGCUCCUGAGUCAGCAGCAAGCAGAACAGGCCCAGAAGAAACCCAGAGGUUUUGGAGCUCUGCGGCGCAACAAACAGCCUAGCCCGACCCCGUCUCCAUCAAUAAGCCGUUCAUCGUCUCCAGCAUCACAGGCCCCUAACACACCGGUGGCCCAGCGCUGGAAGGAAAAGCUAAGACGAGGACGCGUCUCUCGACUAGGUGGUGAUACCCCUGAGCAACAAGCCAGCCCCAUCCCUCCUGAGUCUUCUGACAGCAACAAGGAAGACAGUUUUCAGAAUGUCUCUCUGGACUAA